AGGGACGCGGCGAUGGGAGUGACUUCCAGCGCUCCCCCACAGCUCCGGACACUUUCGGAGACCAGAGGAAGACGAAGAGCUGUUCUCACCGAGAGAAAAAACCCGAAUGGCGGAGAAGCGGGAAAUCCUCAUCACAGCUAUGACAUGUGCGUCAUUCGGUGCGAUUAACUUUGAACUGAUAACGAUUUAUGAAUGUAAGAAUGGUUUUCUGCUGUGCUGCAGCCGAACCUGAGUGGACUCCAGAGUCUCUGACAUCAUGAACAAGAUACUCCUUCACUACAACUACACGGGAAAGCUGAGCCACCGGCAGACCUUCAGCACAAACCCAGGUACCAUGGACAUCCAAACCAUUGUGUUCCUGGUCUUUAGCAGCUUCAUCGUCCUGGAGAACCUCACCAUCCUGGUGGCCAUAUGGAGGAACAACAGGUUCCAUAACCGAAUGUACUACUUCAUUGGGAACCUGGCGCUGUGCGACAUGCUGGCUGGAGUUGUCUACCUGGUCAACCUCCUCCUUUCUGGAGAGAGGACCCUGGAGCUCUCACCCACCCUCUGGUUUGUCCGAGAGGGCAGUAUGUUUGUAGCACUCAGUGCUUCCAUCUUCAGUCUCCUGGCCAUAGCCAUAGAGAGACACCUGACGAUGAUCAAAAUGAGGCCGUACGAUGCCAGUAAGAACUACCGAGUGUUUCUACUCAUAGGGACCUGCUGGUUGAUCGCCAUAUCUCUUGGAGCUUUGCCCAUUCUAGGCUGGAACUGCUUGGACAACCUCCCAGACUGCUCCACGGUCUUUCCUCUUUACAGCAAGAAAUAUGUCGCUUUCUGCAUCACGGUUUUCACGCUACUGCUAUUGGCUAUGUCGGUCCUUUAUGCUUGUAUCUACAUCCUGGUGAAGUCCAGCGGCCGAAAGGUGAACAAGCACAGCAAUUCUGAGCACGCCAUGUCCCUUCUGCGAACUGUCAUCAUUGUGGUUGGGGUGUUUAUCGUCUGCUGGACUCCCAUCUUCAUCCUGCUCCUGGUGGAUGUGGCAAGUGGACAACGCUAUCCCAUUCUAUACAGCGCUGACUGGUUCAUCUUCAGUGCCAUAAUCAACUCCGCCAUGAACCCGGUCAUUUACACUCUGGCCAGUCGGGAGAUGAGACGGACUUUCCUCAGUCUGGUUUGCGGCGUUUGCUACAAGCCAAGUGGCAGCCAGAACAGGCAGUUCUUGGAGCCCAGCCGGAGCAGGAGCAAGUCGUGGAACAGCCAAAACAACCCAAACCAGAACCAGCAGGGCUGCAGGCAGACAGAGCUGGAGAAAGAGGAGGAAACGGACAGGAGGCCCAGAGAUUUCUCAGCUUGCACUGGAGCAAAGAGACCUGCUGCUCCAUGGAGUUUGGAGGGAGACAGAAUGAACUGAAAGAAGAGUGGAAGUGGUCUACAGUGAGAUUCUGAAGGGGUGCACAGUGGAGAAAACAUUGGGGACAAGAAUAAAGCUUUAAAUUAUUUAGACUGAAGCCUUUCUCAAGAGAUGUUAACCGAAGAACCCACUAAAGCUCAGAUUACACAAAAGAGGAUAGUUCUGUGUCACAAAGUGUGUUUCUGUGGAAAGGUUCAAAACGAUGAACAUCUAAAGCCCGGUUCACACGGCAGGAUAACCAUGCCGAUGUUGACUUGUCCCACCUGCUCCAACAAAGCUUAAGGUUGCAAACGAACAGCUCUAAAGAUAAUCUUAUUAGAUAGCCCUACCUUGUGUGUUGUGUUAAGAGUGUUCUGGUACACUCACAUGGCUGUUGGGACCACUGCAAUCAUAAAUAUGAUCUUUCAAACAUGUUGGAUGGUCUUGGUCUGAUUUUCGGGGACAAACAAAUGUGCUGCCUGUUGAAUGUGACAUCUAGGCAAUCAGAAAGUGAGGUGACGGAAGUCCAAUGAACGCUCCUCUUUUGCCAUGUUUGUUUACUUUAAAGUCACACUUUAUCUCACAAGACUUCCCGUACGAGCGAAGAAUGUUCGUGGGUGAAAUUAGUUCAUAUGUCGGGUGUAGUAUUUGUCUAGUUGCUGCCCAUCACUCACUGUGUGACUGAAACUGGAAUAUCCAUGAUUUUUUAUCAUAAAUGAUAAGUGACCUGCAUUUGAAUUGCGCCUUUCUGAGUCAGAAGACUCAGACAAAGUGCUUUAGACUACAGUCAGACAUCCAUUCACACGUGUGGAGUCUUUUAUGCUUUGAAAAAUGUCCGACAGUUUAAAAUCCUGCAGUGUGAACAGGGCUUUACCAGCUGUAGAUGGCUCUUUGAUUGGUCUCGGUUUGGAGAAAAGGUUAGCUCUGACCAGCUAAACAAGCCAAAAGCUGCAUUCAACAGAACUUAUCCAAAGUGGAUGGCUGCUGUUGUAAAACAAAUUCAGUCCAAAGAAGUUUACAUAUAUUGAAGCUUUUCACUGUUGUCAGUGUGGCAUUACACAUAUUUCUGGCAGGAAUAUUAGGGUGUUCCAGCAGAAAAGUCUCCAGGCUGCACAGGAUGUGCUCCUGAAAGUUGAUGCUGCAGUUAGAACUUGCAAGUAUCUACAGACGUCUAAGUUGUAAACAAAAUAUGAAAAUAAACAAUGCUUUAAAAAAUUGACUUCAACUAGCUGUUAGCUUGGCAUCUUGCCAAAAUUAAACUGUGUCUUAGAACUGAGGUGGUUCAAAGAGCUAAUUACAAAUGGCAAAACAUUGCAGAUUCAUAUCUUAUCAAAUCUGGACUAUUGUUUUAGCUCGUGUGGUAAUGGUUAGGUCAGGGGACUUUCUCCACAUGUGAUCAUUUUUAACUAAAGCUGAAACAAGGCAACUAGUACAGAACUUGCAUGUGCUCUAUACAGUUUGAUGCUACAUUUUUGAAUCAUUCUUUAUUUCUUUAUAUUAGUUUCCAAAAUGCCAGACUUUGUUGUACAAAGGUCAUGCUUAAAAAUCACAACGUGCUUCUUCUUAUUUAGCAAAUAGAAAAGUGUUUCUCAUGGGAACUAUAUGGAUGAUUUUUGAAAUUUCAAUCAGUCAAAAGUUUCUUCUUUAUCCCAUGUUUCAGUAGAGUCCUGAUAUCAGCUGAAAAUGAUAAACACUCAGCAGGGAGAAUGUGUGCACAACAACAAAAAUGAUGGAGUUAAGGUGGCUUCAAACUUUGCACAGUGUUAAAUGGUGCUCCUGUCUUGGCAAAAAAUAAAUAAAAAUUAAAGUAAUAAAAAAUUAAAAAGUGCAAUUAUAACCCCACAAUGUAAUGAAGAAUGAUUGUAGAAGAGAGCUAUUAUAAGACAGCUAACAGUAUUUAUUAUUCUGUGUAAAACUGUUAUUUUGCUUGUUCUGAGUUUUUAUUGUAAACUGCUUUAGAAUAUUCAAUAUAUGCUAAAACAACCUGUAAUGUAAGAGAUGUCUGUUUUUGAGAUGCGGCGGCUUCAUCUGCUGGUCAUCUGUGGUACUGCUGCAUGCUCAGAACUAUUACAGAAAGCUUGCAGGCUGGAGGCUGAAGGCAUGUAAAGUCUGCAUGUGAACUACAUUUGUAUUAUUGUGUGUGCAUGAUGCAAAUUAUCAACUCUAAAACAAAUUAAAGCGGAAGGGCAAAUUAAUCAAAAACGUCACUGACUCAUUUUCAAAGGAAGUACAAAGUGAAAUGUGGAUCUCUUUUAUACUAAAAUUGUUUUUUCACUUAGGUACAAUCCACUAAUCAGAAUUUAAAUCUAGUAAUUUUUCAACAAGAUAAAAUUCUCAUAAGGUCCUUUUGGUAACGUUUGAAAAAUGGAAACACUUGCUUGAUGUGCUAAUGGAGAUGUUUUACACACUGUUCAUCUAUGAAUUUAAGGUUUCUUUCACAAAACUUUGUAUUUAUCUUUAAAUCUGUGCAUGCCCUAGAUUGACAAGUAUUUCCCAAAUGAAUAUUGAGGUGAAGCAUUAAAUGAGCAAGCGCUCAGGUGAAUCACACAAAACCUACUUUUGUAAUCGUGAGAAAUAGCAGGAGCACGAUUUCAUUCCUGGAAGUAGAACAAGAAAAUGAUUUGAUGUUAGACAUGAUCUGUUAAUAAAUCUCAGCACGAACCA